GCGACGAAACCGGAAGUGAGUAUGAUGCUGCUGAACAGACUGCGUCCUGCAGAGAGUACACAACUGUGCCACAGGGUGGUGGACGGGAUCUGUGGCCGGGAACCUCCAGGCAGGCUGGAUUACAGCGCCACCUGGAGCCUGGAGGAGUGGCUGGACCUGCACAAUUCACUAAGUGGCCUCUUCUGCCUGGCUGUGGGGAACAACCUCUCAGAUGAAGAGGUUCUGUCAGAACUGUCUCACAUGGGUCAGGACUACGCAGAAGCUGUGCUGAGCGUGCUCAGAGCCAGACAGGAGGAGAUCCGCCGCGCUCUGGUGGAGAAAACCAACUCCAUCUCCAGUGCUACUCUGCAGGACUUUGACUGGCAGCUGAAGUUGGCCUUGUCCAGUGAUAAGUUGUCGUCUCUGCAGUCUCCGUUGCUGAGCGUCACUCUGGAUGUCAGAGACGGUGGCGCCGUCCGGCCUGUCAGCAUGGAGAUGGACAGGGAGGAGCUCAGCACGCUCAUCACAUCACUGGAAGCUGCUAACAAGGUGGUGCUACAGCUGAAAUGAAGCUUGCAGACAGCGGUCAUUGGAUCUGAAGUCCUGCAGCUCACCAUCAUUUCAUCAUCCUGUUUAAGUGUGUGUGUGUGUGUGUGUAAGGUUGUUUGUUUGACAUGUCGUGUUUGCCCCAUAGAACACUUUAUCAUCACUGUUCCUUCACAGAAAUGUUAAAUAUAUGAAUGUCUGAGCAGCGUUUUAUGUUCUGCUCUGUCACGAUGUAAAGCACGGUGAACCUCUGUGUUAACGCUGAGCGACCCAACAUGGAUUCUUACAAGACUUCACACAUUUAAAGUCUCCUCUGCAAGUUCUCAGUUGACAAGCAGAGCAUUUGAUUGAUGGAUCAGUGGUCCAAUCAACUUUUGUUUAGUCAUGGCAACAGCUACACCUUCUGACGUGUCACUUUGCGGUGGCCACAGAUGGACAAACAGCUUAUGAGGAGUGUAAAUUUGCACUCGAGUGGACUCAGAUGCCAUCAUAUUCAGUUAUGGCUGAUCGGUCUGCAGUUCCGAAAAAUUUAUAUUUGCAGAAAUGAGUCCAAGGUCCUGGUUUGUGUUCCUGGACUAACAGGUCAGGUGAGGGAUCGUAGGCUGGAGCUGCGUGUCCUCACACCCACAGUGCCACAGAAGCAUCCUGGUCCUUUAUGGCCACAACUGUGAAAACUGUCUGAAUUUGAUAUUAAAUAUCUUUUGGCUGGAA